GUUUUGCAUAACUGGCGGACCUCAAAUCCAAAAUAUUUUUUAACUGCAAACACGGCCAAUACAAGGAGCUGCACAUCAAAAUGAUGAAUAUUUCGUCGCCCAGCCAGGCAUUCCCCAGCAAGCUCUACAACAAAUACAGGAACACCUUAAUGAAACUUCAGAAGACAACUCUCAAUAUACAGUUUAACAAAAAUUGCCUAGCUAAUAAGAUAAUUCCAGAUUAUAUCAAAAACUCUGUGAAUAGCAUGUCAUCUGCACCAAAGAAAGUUAAAAAGAAAGUGGAGAUUUUGUGGCUAAAGCAGGAAAUUAGGGAAUUAUAUACUAAAAAGCAGUCGCUCAACACUGAACUUUACCAAACACAUUUAGAUUUGGCCAACAAAUUCACAGUACCUGCUUACUUUGACGAAAUAACAAAUAGAGAAAAGGCAUAUGUACAGAAAGUGAUGCAAGAAAAACGGGAGAAACAAAACAGAAAACUUAACAGAAUAAUCAACAGCACAUACACACCAACUAAAAACAACCUCAGCCAACAAUAUAAGUUCCACGACAGAAUCAUUAACCUAACUGACAUAAAGCUUACCACUCAUGAAAAGAGCCUACUAGAAAAAGGACCAAAACACAACAUUAACACAAACAUAUCACACAAAACGAUAGAAAACCUCAUAACUGAAACAGAACACAUUAUAAAGGAACAAGAAAGACUGAGCACACCAAAUUUUAAUGCAAACUUGACAAGAGAAUUAGUAGCUGCAGAAAUAACACAGAUAAUCAGAACACACAAAUCCACAAUCAUUUCUAAGCAUAAAACAUCAGAGGAAACCACAGCCAGCAAGCUAAAACAAAAACUAAAACAGAACAAUGCCAUAGUAACAAGAGCAGACAAAGGGAAUAUUACUGUAAUUAUGGAUGAAAAAGAAUACACAGAGAAAACACUAGACUUUCUCAAAGACAACAACAUCACAAAGCUGACCAGUGACCCAACAGCAAGAUACCAGAGAAACAUUCAACAGACACUGAAAAACAUCAAUAAUACAUUCUCAAAAGGCCAGAUAAAGAGAAUGAUACAGAAAAAUCCAAAAGCACCCACCCUAAAUUCCCUACCAAAGGUUCACAAGGAUAAUAUCCCAAUAAGGCCUGUCAUUAACUUCCGAAGUGCUCCAUCCUACCACCUAGCCCAGCAAACGCACUUACUACUGAAAAAACUGUACACUUUUGACAACAACAGAAAUCUGGA